GGAAGUGCUGCCUGACAGUCUCCUCUCAGGGCGGAAACACACUUAGCAUUUCCUGAGCUAACAACAGUCGGCUGCCUCUGCUGUGACAGGUAUCCUCAGAGCACCUCAAACUCACGCUGUGAUUCAGCACAACGCAACAAAAAAUGGGCAAAAUGUCGUUAAGAAGACUCGCAGCUGGUUGAUGUUUGUUUCUGAUUCUGACAUUUAACACAAACCUCAGUUUCACAUCGGCUAGCUACAUUUACCCAGCUAGCUCUGAAACUAACGCGCUAGCUACAUCUAAUUAGCCACCGAAGGGCUAACUCCGCUUUAACAGGCUGUAUGUGAGAGAAGGAGCUGCUAACUAAGGACCUUAAGGACAAUCAUAACUACAAAAGAAGAAGAAGAAAGGUAUGGUGCAGCCGCAGCCUGACGGCCCCAUGCAGUGGGAGAUGUCAGGAGAGGACAGUGGGGGGGCCCUCAGGGUCCCACCGGAGCUCGCUGCCAAUGAAGUGGUGACUAGGUUACUGGGAGACAACCAGCAGCUCAGAGAGGCUCUGAGGCGGAGUAACCUCGCCUUGCGUCAGCGCUGCGAGGAGAUGGAGGGAUGGCAGCGGAGGACGAGGGAGGAACGAGAGUUUCUCAGCUGUCGUUUCCAGGAGGCCAGGUCGCUGGUGGAGAGGCUGGCCCAGGAGAACCACUCCUUACAGGGAUUAGUGAACGGACCGGCCCCCUCGUUCCCCCCAUCCACCAACUGCUGCAGCUCCAGUCAGACUGAAGAGCUGCAGGGACGCCCGGCCAGGAACGGACCGCUGGACGGACCGAAGACUCUGGAUCAGCGGGACAAGAAGAGGAUCGAAGAGACGGACCGACAUACACAGACCACGCCCCCUCGCAGCCUGGGCGAUGCCAGUGUGCUAAGCUCCCUCUUUUCUCCCCCCUCCUCUUUCUCAGAGGUGCAGGGGGAGAUGAUGGUCAGGGAGAAUGGCCAGCCUGUCGAAGGUGCAAACGACUUCCUCCUGCUGCUGAAGAGCCACAAAGAAAAGCUGGAGGAAGGGAUGAGCGAGCUGAGGAAGAAGAACGAAGAGCUGGAGAGAGAGAAGGAGGAGGGAGAGAAAGAGAGAGAGCGAAUGAGGCGCUGCAUCGACCAGCUACAAGCCAAAAUGGCGCAGGCACAGGUGAAUAACGUCACUGAGGAGGUGGCUCCUCAUCGCUCUGAGGCUCAGCACUCCUCCGACUGGUACCGCGACCUGGAGGAGAAGCUGGAGAAGCUGCAGAAGAGUUCAGCUCAGAGGGACAGAACUGAAGCUCUGCUCAAACAGAAGGACAAAGACUGCGCUCAGCUGGCGAAGGACUGCGAGGCUCUGAAAGCUCAGGCCACGUCUCUGCUGGCAGAGCUGAACGAGAGCCGGAGCCUUCAGGAGAAAAGUCUGCAUGAACGUAAAGUGAUGGAAGACAAGAUGAACAGUAAGGUCAAGGCGCUGCAGGCGGCUGAGCGUGAGUUGGAGCAGCAGAGGAAGCAGCAUCACGUGGCGAUGGACAAACUGCUGCUGCAGACGCAGAGUCUGGAGACGGCCCUGAAGACGGAGAGACACGUGGUCACAGAGGAGAAGAAGAAACUGACGCAGCUGCAGCACGCCUACACCUGUCUCUUCAGAGACUACGACUCCAAACUGAAGUGUGAGGGCGGAAACCUCUGCAGCCGUCUGGAGGAGGCGGAGCGAGCGCUGGCUCUGAAACAGGAUCUGAUCGAUAAACUGAAGGAGGAGGUGGAGCAGCAGAAAGGCUCUCUGGAGACCAUCCCUGUUCUCACCGCUCAGGCCGACAUCUACAAAGCAGACUUCUUAGCGGAGCGAGAAGCCAGAGAGAAGCUGAACCAGAAGAAGGAGGAGCUACAGGAACAGCUGACUCAGGCCCGCUCUGAGAUUGAACGGUUCAAACAGGAAGCCACGUCACGAGCACGAAUGGAGCAAAUGAAGCUGAGACACCAGGAAGACUUCUCAACACGGGCGCCCCACAUUCCCCCCCCACAAGGUGUGUUUGCAGGUGCAGCCUUCAACACGGUGCCCCCUGCCCCCUCGUACCGUAAUCAGGGUCUGUUACCUGUGGGGGACCCGGGGGCAGCGGGGGCAGAGGACCUGCCGGAUCUAUGUUGUCCUAAGUGCCAGUACCAGGCUCCAGACAUGGACACACUGCAGAUACAUGUGAUGGACUGUAUACAGUAAACAGGACACACACACACACACACACACACACACACACACACACACACACACACACACACACACACACACUGAUACACACACACACACACACACACUGAUACACACACAUACACUGAUACACACAUACACACAAACACAC